CGUUUCUUUUCUCUUUUUAUUCUCGCUGUUUUCCUCACUCUUCUUCUUUCUCUCGAUUUUCCGACUACCAAAUUCAUUCUUCCAAAUCUGAUGCAUUCUUUUCUCUUUCCUCCCAAUCCGAUUAUCCGAAGAAAUUAAUCCCUGAUUAAAUCAAAACCCUAACCCUAGAUUUCGAAGAUUUCUAGCGAUAUGGGAGACAACGAUGCCUUCUUGCGCAACCAGAAUGCCGCCGUUCAGGGUCGCACCAAAGCGCAGAAUCGUGCUAAUGUUCUUCAGCUUAAAAUGAUUGGACAGUCUCACCCGACCGGUCUGACUCCUAACUUGCUUAAGUUAUUCGAGCCUCGGCCUCCAUUGGAGUAUAAGCCGCCACCGGAGAAGAGGAAAUGCCCUCCUUAUAUGGGGAUGGGGCAAUAUGUGAAUCUUUUUGCUGAGCCUGGGGAUCCUGAGUAUGCACCCCCCGUCAAAGAAGGGGAAACUCCGAGCCAAAGGAGAGCCAGAGUUCACCAACUGCGAUUGGAGAAAGGUGCUGCAAAGGCUGCAGAAGAGCUAGAGAAAUAUGAACCACAAAGUGACCCAAAUGCCACCGAAGAUCCAUACAAGACGCUAUUUGUUGCUAGGCUGAGUUAUGAGACCUCGGAGAGCAGGCUGAAAAGGGAGUUUGAAACCUAUGGGCCCAUAAAGCGGGUCAAAAUGAUUUAUGACAAGGAGACAAACAAACCAAGAGGCUAUGCUUUUAUAGAAUUUUCUCAUACAAGGGACAUGAAAGCUGCGUAUAAACAAGCUGAUGGAAGGAAAAUUGAUGGAAGGAGGGUUCUGGUGGACGUGGAGCGUGGAAGAACUGUUCCCAACUGGCGACCUCGCAGACUGGGUGGUGGACUAGGAACCACUAGAGUUGGUGGUGAAGAUGUCAAUCAAAAGAGUGCUACAAGGGAGCCACAAGCAGGAGUGCCAUCUCGAUCAGAGGAGCCGAGGAUACGAGAAGAUAGAGAAAAAUCUCGAGAAAGGGGCGGCAGGGAGAGAGAUCGAGAACGGGAAAAAUCUCGUGAACGAUCCCAUGACAAGUCUAGGGACCGUGAUCAUAGAGAGGAUAGACACCAUAGAGAUCGUGAUAGGACCAGAGACAAGGACAGGGACAGAGAUCGUGGCCGCGAUCGUGAACGUACUCGUGAUCGUGAUAGAGGUAAAGACCGUGGUCGUGACUAUGAUAGAGAUCGGGAUCAUGGACGUUCCCGUGAUAGGCAUCGUGAUAGGGACCGAGAUUAUGAAACCGGGGAGGCAGACCAUGAUCGCGGCCAUUCUCGUGAUAGGGAUUAUGAGUAUGAUCACAUGGAUGCUAAACUUGACCGUGGCAGGCAUGGUGAAAAAGAACGAAGUUAUGAUCAUGCUGGAGCUGAGGAGGAUCGGGGGUGGUAUGAUGCUGAUCAAAGUCGGGGACAAUAUGAUGAUAAAGAUGAUCUGGGUGAUCAUGAUCGAUACAAUCAUUAUGCUAAUGAGAGUGGUCAUAUGGAAGAAGAUGAUUAUAGUUAUAAUCGGGAAGUCUGAAGAAGCUAAAGAGCCAUUGAAAUUAAGAAAAAAAAGAAGAGGAAUUGAGCUAACUUUUCCUUUGCAGACUUUUUUUUUCACAAUUGCUGAAAGUUUACUUAAGCUCUCAUCGUGGUUGUCGGCAGUGUUUAAGGAUUAGGGCAUUUUGCUUCUAGGAGGUAUUGUAUUGUUACAAAUUAGGUAAGAAUCUGUUAAAUUUCAUAACUUUUGUUCAUUAUGUGUUGCUCGUUUGUUUGGUUUGGCGGAGUCUGCUAAGAGUGUAUGUUGUUACUUGUAAUUCAUUCUGCCCCUGGCAAGACCCUCGCUAUGAACGCCUUUCGGUUAAUUUUCUUAUGUCCUUUUGAUGCUUGGUUGAUCUCACAUGUAUGCAAGUGCUCUUGUUGAAUUGCAUAGAAAAGUGAAUUGCAGCUAUUGCUCAUAAUGUAAGGGUCUUGAGCUCCUGUGCUCAAUAUUUGGUCGCA